AUGAGCUACGACAGUGUCAUUCCGGUGUCCAGCCUUGGACUCACCGAAGUCUAUGCUGCCUCUGAUCCUCAAGUUGACGUCGUUUUCGUGCAUGGACUCAACGGGCACCCAGAGAAGACAUGGACUGCCGACAAUGACGUCUUCUGGCCUCGAGACCUCCUCCCGAAGCAUGUGGGUGAAGUCCGUCUCAGAGUUCUGAUGUAUGGCUACGAUGCAAGGUCCAACAAGGCAACCGAGCGUCCUAUCAUCUUUGUCGUCCAUUCACUUGGUGGUCUUGUUACCAAGCAAUGCCUCAUCUAUAGCCGAAGCAUCGAUCACCCAAACUCUGAACAUCUCAGGUCAAUAUUCGUAUCGACCUACGGCAUUUUGUUCAUGGGAACACCUCACCUGGGCUCUGAUCUGGCAAAAUGGGGCACGUUGCUGCAAUCGAUAGCAUCGGCGACCUUGCCCAGGAAGUUCUUCGACUCGUCCUCACAUCUGGUCGAAGCUUUGAAGAGCAACAACGAAACCCUACAGAACAUAAACAGACAUUUCACUGACAUACAACCACAGCUGAAGAUAUACUUCUUCUACGAAGGCAGACCAAUGGAUCUCAAAGGCACGAGACAAUUUGUGGUCGAUGAGGAUUCAGCAGCUCCAAACUUCCCAGGCGUAGAGAGAAUGGGGAUAGAACGUGAUCAUUCUCACAUGUGUAAGUUUGAGGACGAACGAGCGCCUGGAUUUGCUGUCGUCUCGGAAGCCAUACAGCGCUAUGCUCGCGAUGCACCUGCCACAACCAUCGACCGGUGGGAGGAGGAACAUCAAGUCAGAGCUUUUCAACGUCAAAGAAGAGCACGCCGUGACUUACUCCCAGGUGUAUCUCAGAACUCCUCACGAGGGACGUCCCCAGAUUCGAGAUCUCGCAGUUCUGCCACUCCACUGUUGCCAAGUAACGAAAGGCCAGUCGUCCUGCUGGAGAAUAGUCCUGCGACAUAUCAGCCUUACGAGAUAGAAGAGCAUGAGGGUGACUUGUCAAAAGUUUCGAGUUCGACACGACUACCACACCGUACCUUGGCUGAUUCUACCAACUCGUCCACACUUAAAAGUCCUGCUGUAUCCUCACCGUCAAUGACUUUGCCUAAGCUCAUCCGUCCCAUGGUCGUUGCUCCUCUUGGUUUCAGGCCAAACACUGAUUUUAUUGGUUUCGACAUCGAGAUGGCACGUAUAGUCAAGAAGCUCGCGGACGAGCGUAGGGGUCAAAUCGGUGCUCGAUCGGUCUUAUUGCACGGCCCUCCUGGUUGUGGCAAAAGCCAUCUAGCUCGGCAAUAUCUGUGGCAACACGUCGAGCAAUAUCCAAAUGGUAUCUUUUGGCUGGACUGCAAAACUCCGGAAAGUCUGAUGAAGGGCUUUUGGAACGUAUCCCAAUCGCUGGGCUGUUACGAAGAAGUGGGCAAUAUCAGGCCUGACACUUUUGUCGACGCAGUCCGGACUCACCUUGCACAAAAAGAUAAAUGGCUGAUGGUCUUCGAUGGCAUCACUUUCCCAGGCGAAUAUGAGCUCGAAGACUUCAAGCGUUUUGUACCAGACGGAAAAGGAAGUAGCAUCAUUUACACAACAGUUGAUCCAACCCUUGCCAACCGGCAGCGCCUUCUUGACCCGCCAGGGAUCAAGCUCUAUCCGCUUUCAGUUGAUCAAGCUUGUCUGCUACUAUUCAGAAGCUUGCAUUCACGAGAAGAUAGGCCGAAGACUUCGGUUCAAUUACGAAAAGCCAGAGAAUUGGUGAAGCACUAUCAAUGUCUACCUCUUGGUGUCCAUGCUGCAGCACAUGCCCUCAUAGCCAGCGGACGACCACUUGAGAAGUUUUCAGUUGGACCUUCUGGCCAUCGCCUGUCCUCACCUUUCUUGUCCAUCCUAGACUCUUUACGACAAACACAGCAAGUCGAGGCAGUCAACUUGUUAAUGCUCAUGUGCUUCCUCAACCACGAGGUACCUGUGGUAAUGCUUCAGCUUGGCCGUAAGAUUCUGGCUGACGCUGGAGUUGAGAUCCGCACGAUGGAGUAUGAAGGCAGUACCAGACGUGAACUCGAUUUGUCAAUAUCGACUUUGAUCAAGAAUGGCCUCAUCGAGCGCAGGUUGCAGACACAAGCAUCGUCGAGUGGGGGCAGAUCAUCGCCAGAGGAAACACGCGCCGGUUUGGAGAGGCAGAACUCUGUGCCUGUCGACGAUAUGCACGAUCAGGAUGAGAGGGACUCACAGAACUCGCCUGCAACGAUUGUUGGCAUUGACGUUAUUCGUGUGCAUACUGUGGUACAAAAGGUGUACCUCGAUCAUCUCAAAUCACAAGCUCGAGCUGACUUCAAUGCGUGGCUUGUGAUUGCAGCGAAGUUCGUCAUAGGUGCUUGGAACGUGAGCUGUAACAAAGCCCAAAUGCAUAGGACCAGAGCGCUGGUGGCCGAUUGUCGUGAGUUCGAGAGCCAAGCAGAGAGUGUGUGGUCACACUUUCCUUCAAGGUCAGAUGGAGCGAUGCAAGACCUACGUAGAGCUCGCCACGAUCUUCACGAUAUUCGACGCAUCAUCAAGCGAGAAAUCGAGAAUCAAUCGCCAUCUCAGUCUUCCCAGAGUAGUGGCCGCAACCUCUUCGUCUCGAUCUUCGAAAGGUCUGGUAGCUCGUCUGAUGAGGGUCCAGAGACACCAACGAGUGGUCUAACCAGAAAGUCGACCUGGAGCAAUGACCCAUUCGCGCCCUCGGUUGAGUCGCCUGUAGAUUACCAGGGUCCUCCUCAAUCCAAUAUUCCUAUACCACUUGGAGAUAGCUGGUACAGCGAUACCGGAUAUCUGAGCGACGACGAGCAGCGCCCAGCAAAAGGAAGGACCACCUCGACGUCAACUGAAAAGGCUCUGGACGAGCGGCAGCUUGCCCUUCGUGCUAUCUUUGAAGGUAGAGGCAGUAUUGAUAGCGAAGCAUAUCGACCAACUCCUGUCGUGGGAGCAGUAUCUGUCACCGACAUCGAGCCUCAUCACUCUCGGUCGAACUCUACCACGUCGCAAGGUCUAUUUCGUCCUGAUUCAGCGGGCUCCUUGGCAGAAGCGGCAUUAUCGGCUGUGCACAGAUCUAGCCCUCCUUCGAGCAAAGGUGGAAGCAGAGCUUCGCCACAACGGGAAGAGAGACGACCGCUGUCAGAAUUGUCGUCAAAUAGUCAACUGAGCCAAAGGCAUAUUGACUCUAGGCUAUCGCGGACCACAUCAACCUCACCACAUCUGCUCCAAGCUGUGCUUGCCAGCACAGUGCGUCGGGAACAGCCUUUCAUUGAGGAAAACAUCAGUGUUGCCCGUCGAUCAAAGCCGACGAUUAUCACUGGUAAGCCUUUUGUUCCAACAUUGCCAACUCUAGAGUCGCAUAGUUUGCCUACAGAGUAUGCAAUACCAAUGGCACGAGAUCCGUCGCACGAAUCAACCACCUCUGUACAAACAGAACCAGCAGAGCAGAGUGCCGUCCAGCAUGUGGAUGAUGCCUUUCUGACCCCUGCAAUGUCUCCACUUGGGCCACAAUCACCACUCACCAGCAUACGACAACCAUCCUGGGCAACGCCAGCCAGGUCAGAGCCAUCUGUCAUCGAUACUUCACAUGGUUAUCCUCCAUAUCCUCUGACCGAAUCUCAAGAAACCGAGCCACUGUCUAUUGUUAGUCCUCGCAUAGCCGCAGCGACUGGUUUGGGUAUUGUUAGUGAAAUGAACACGGGACUGAGACGAGCAUGA